AUGCAUACAGUCAAGAUUGUCUUUGCCAUUGUUAUGCUUUUUGUUCUCUCAGGCGUCGAAGCCCAUUUUGUGUUGCUUAACCCACCUCCUCGAGGACCUCUUAAUGAGGAUUUGCUCAGUGAUUCUCCGUGCGCCUCGUACAAUACCGUUAACACUUCUGCCAUCACAAGUUUCCCUCUAAAUGGACAAGCAACCUCUAAGUUUGAAGAUGGCGACGGAAAUCUUGUUUACAGAUAUGCUCCCAACAGUAACGCCACUUUCACCAAAGUUUCUGGAAAUGUUACGCUUAGUGCGACUGAUACUUAUCCUAAACAAAUCACUACGCAAGUGGACUUGACUUCGGCUGGUGCUAAGGCUGGCGAUAAAGGUGUUCUGCAGGCCUAUUAUGUCUCCAGCGACGGGAACGAAACUUGGUAUCAAUGUGCAGAUAUUAGCCUCGUAGCUGCUGCGUCUUCAGCACCUACAAUCGCUAGUGGCGCCGUUAUGUUUUAUACGAUUCUUGCUGUAAUUUUGAUGACAAACGGCCAUGACUACAAAUUUUAA